AUGCGUGCGGCCGCGGAAAGUGCCUCUCACGCCUCAGCAACAGGCGAUUCGUCGCCUCUUGUCGUGAAUCCUCCACGUGGUGAGUCACCACGUGCGACAGGUACAUCUGUUGCGUCUGCAGCGGGUAUCUCGAAUCGUAAUCCGGACGAGUCUGAGAUAGAGCUCAUUUAUUCCGGCGAGUCGGAUGCUGCAUCCGAUUUGAAGGCGACUCCUUACGCCUCGGGAUCACCCGGGGUGGACGCUGCAAAAGCCAGGCUGACUGGCUCUGGUCAGCGCGGCAGUAUCACGACCGAGAUCUUCGGAUCGAGUGAUUAUUCCGAUGAGUCUCCGCCUCACGCAAGUCCGUCUAACGAUAGGACGCGUGGAGAUGGUGGUGAUGCUCCCUUACAUCACCACGAGCGAAGUAACUUAAGGGAUCGGGGUAACACUGGUGCCAGUGCUCAUGCUGACACAAUCGAGAGGCUUGGGACCGAAAUGUCCUGUGCCACGCUCCCCAAGUGGAGUCUCCGUGGAUGCCACCAUCCAGAGAGUCGGACCGGUUGGCCGGCACGACUACCGAUCGAGGGAUGGAAUGCCCUCAUCCACAAUAUCGAGUGCAUUGGCCGUAAGGAUUGGCUCGCCAAACUUGAUGCAGCUCGCAUCAGGUUUGAGAAACGCAACCCCGUCGGGGCGCGAUACAAGUUGCACCGGCUUUUAAGAGAGGCCGGAUUACCCUGUCUCUCGUGGGGUGAUUCGUGUCCAGGUUGCCUGGACAACUCCAACCGUGCCCCUAGGGAGACCCACCUCCCUAAUGAUCCCUACUGGAGGGCGCGCAUCUCUUCCAAGAUGGCCAAAGGGAUUGACACCUUGCAAUCCCUGUACUCGCGUUUGGGGAGGUCUUUUUCCGACGGCCCUUUUUCAAACGCAACGGGUGGGUCUCGUCAUACUGCUCGACGAGACCAAGGACAUCAUCAAUCAGCUGGGCACGAGGCUCCCAGAUGUCCCAGGCCGGCUCCACUAGGAAGCGUGGACCACCGCCUGAGUUCACCAAAGGAUGUGGUGGCGGCGGGAACAGCCGAUCCGGCUCGAGAGUCGGAUCAGCUUGAUGUUCAAGAGCUGAACCGUGUAACGGAACAGUUGCAAGAUGACCUGGCUCACGAACGGACUCGGCGUUAUGGGCUUGGUGAUCUUGUGAGGGAUAAUUAUAAUUCUCUAACGCACGAUCGUUCGGACGAUCGUGCCGCUUUUGCGUUCGCGCAACUUGAGAACGAACGUUCGACUCAUUCUCUUCGUGAUGAGCUGGCUGUAGCUCGUCGAAACAUCGCUGAAAUGCGUGAACAGGUCGCUUCGCUAGUCGACCAGACUGGCUCGUUGAAACGGGACCACUCGAAGGUGGUCUCGGCUCUCGACCGCGGAUGUGUUCUUCGCACUCGAAACGGGCUCGUACUGAUAGUACGGGCGGAGACGAGCGACGUAAAACGUAGGAUGCGCACGCAUCUUAUGAAGCAGUUCAAUCGUGUAUGUGUUGCCCAUUUGGAGCAAGACACGAAAUGGACCGAUGUACCUGGGCAGUAA